AUGAACGUCUUGUGGUGGGUGAGCAAUCAAAGUCGCCAGUUCAAGCCAUUCAUUGCCAACAGAGUGGCAGAGAUUCAAGCCUCAAGUCAACCAGGUCAGUGGCACUACGUCCCGACAGAGUGCAAUCCUGCAGAUGUGGUUUCCCGUGGGUCCAGUGCCGCCAAGCUUGUACAGGAGGCCCAAUGGUGGAAUGGACCGCAGUAUCUUCUCCUUGACAAGUCCCAGUGGCCGCCACCACCCAGCAAACUCACUUGUCCUGUCGUGCCCGAGGUGAGGUCCGUGUGCAAGGAAGCCACAAUGAGCACAGUUGAAGGAGUGUCACUCUUCACGUUUGUGAGCAAAGAUUGGAAGCUGGAACCCAGGAACUUCUCAUCGUGGAGAGUCGCCGUACGUCGUCUAGCCUGGGUGCUUCGCUUUGUCAGCAACUGCCGCACCCCGGUUGAUGAGAGGCAAGUCGGCAGCUUGAGCCCUGAGGAAGUGACAGACGCGGAGCUUUCCUUUAUCAGAACAGCUCAACAAGAGAGCUUCCCAGAGUAUGCUCUCCUGAGAAAGGGGAAGGCAAUCCCAACGACCAGCAAACUGGCUAGUCUUUGUCCUCGGCUAGAUGAAGAUGGAGUCAUGCGAGUGGAAGGACGGACCCAGAAUGCAGAAUUCCUGCCCGAAGCAACUAAGCAUCCCAUCGUUCUACCACGUCACAACUGGGUUACAUACCUGAUUGUCAAGGACCAACACGAGGCUGCGAACCAUGCUGCUGGAGUCAACCAUACGUGGUCCCUGCUGAUGCAACGCUUCUGGAUCAUCGCGGGACGAGAAGCAGUUCGUGAAUGCGAGCAGAGGUGUACUGAAUGCAGAAAGAGGAAAGCCAAACCUGUCACUCCAAUCGUGGCCCCUCUGCCGAAGAUACGGUUAGAGUCACCGCGUCGUGCCUUCGGCCGGGUUGCUGUGGACUACGCCGGGCCAUUUACGACAGUUCAGGGUCGAGGACAGAGGCGGGCAAAGAGAUACCUCUGCCUCUUCACUUGUCGCACGUGCGGUGCUGUGCAUUUGGAGUUGUCCUAUUCCCUGGACACCAGUAGUUUCUUGAAUGCCUUCGAGAGAAUGAGCAACCGCCGAGGAGUGCCAGAAGAGGUCCUGUCGGACAAUGGGACGAACUUUGUAGGAGGACAAUGCGAGCUGAAAGAGCUAGAACAAGAGCAGGCGGCGCUCCAGUUGAAGUUCCCACGGGUACGGUGGCACUUCAUUCCUCCAGGUGCCCCGCAUUUCGGCGGCGUUCACGAGACCAUGGUCAAAGCCGCCAAGAAGGCCAUUCACGCAGUUCUGAGUGAUGCCAGCAUUACCGAUGAGGAGCUUCAGACCGCUUUCUGUAGUGCCGAGUCUCUCCUCAACUCAAGACCGCUAACAACCCCUUCUGUGGAUGCCAGAGACGACUUGCCCUUGACUCCGAGCCACUUCUUGGUUGGACGUGUGGAGCAGUUCUCCAUCGGCACAAGCAGUGACGAUUACCGCCUACAACAAAGAUGGAGGAGAGUGCAAGAACUUGUUACGCACUUCUGGCACCGUUGGAUGAAAGAGUGGGUCCCCGGACUGAAUCGCCGUGCUAAGUGGUCCGCCGAGGAAAGGAACAUAGCAGUUGGAGAUAUCGUCCUGGUGAUCACGGCAGAUACGCCACGGGGUAAAUGGCCCCUUGGAAGAGUGACGGAAGUGAUGCCAGGUCAAGACGGCACCGUGCGUGUGGCGAGAGUGCUAGUUGGCGGGAAGACAGUGACCAGGCCUGUGGUGCGACUGUGCCCAGUUGUCACGGUGGGCGUCGCUGGACCUGAUGAUAGUGAGGACUGA